CAUUUCCUUGGUAGGAAUACUUGGACAAAACUGCGUUGUAAAUGUGAGGAUGUAAACUUUGGGUUUUUGUUAUUAAGUGAUAUUGGGGAAUUGAUGACCGUGGAGACUGGUUUUGUGCGCGUUGAAGUCUCCUGGCAGUGACAGGUUAGAAGCUUCUAAGAAUAACCAGUGGUGUCAGGAAUGAGACCUGGAUCACUUGUGUGAAUCACUCCUGUCAAAGAUGUAGCAGCACAUGUACUUGGAGCACAUUCUGCUGUGAAACACAGAUUUCAGUAUCACUCAGAUCUUUGUUUUACCUUGCCAAGGACCCAAUUAUGAACAAUAAAGGAAUCAAAGAAGAAAUGCCCAAACUUUUCGUCUUGGAUCAGGGGAUGGUAGAACUAUUUUCACAAAGACAUUGCAAGAUAUUCCACACGUGCUACAUUGUUGAUUGACUAAUUAAGAAUCUGACAGUUUCAACAACCGUUUCAAGUCCGUUAUCCAGUUGUCCAGUUGCACCAGCAUCACCAGGCUUCAAGAUGAACUAUCAGAGCACUGAAGGCCAGCGAUCAGCCUUUGAGAUGGCAGAGACUAACCAGGCCAUGUCUGCAGUUCCCCUGGAACAUGGCUCAAGUUCCAGCAACAACCAUUACCCUCUGAAUCAGCUCCAUCCAACUCUACCCGCGGCACCCUGGCAACAUGGCCCUCCUUUCUUUGACCUCCCUAUGCAUCUGUUGUCCAGCAUUGGACCAAGACCAUCCGUACCUCCUCAAGGUGCUUCUCCAGCUCCACCUGCUACUCUUCCCCUGACUCAACCCUGUCCUGUUGCUUCAAAUGAUGCUUUGGGUGUGUCUCAGACACCGUCAGAGAUGAUGCCUCAAGGAUUAACAGAUCCUGAAGUUUCAGCUCCCCUUCCACAAGCUGUAGCCACACCAGCCACAUCUAUGAACAUCUUCACAAGCCUUGCUCCUCCGGGAAACAAUUCCAAUUUCACUCAUAUUAGACUGGGACCCAAGAAUCAGGGUAAUCCCGACUUGAAUUUUGUCAGCUCGUUGCAGCCCUUCCAGUCUCUGACUCAACAAGAUCUUAUUGUAAGUCCACUCCAGAGUGGCAUGUUGGCAGGUCGCACGACCAAACAAUUUAUUGAACUGCUUCCUCAGAGCCGGAUCCAUCAUAAAGAGUUUGAUGCUUAUCUGCAUCCGUCGGUGGAGAAACCAAAGGUCAGUGAAGGUCAUGGCUUUGAGCUUGGUCAUCAGAAUGAACAUCAAGGCGAACACAGCCAAAAGGAGCUUCACGGCCACGAAACUGUGUCAGAUAUAUCUGCAAAAGAUGCUACACAUGAUGACAGUUCAGAACGACUGGAUCAUGCCAAGCUUAUCCUUGGGUUAACCAUGAUUGGCAUGGAAAUGACAAAUGCCUUGAGUUCAGAUUCCACAAAUGCCAGUUCAGCACAGGAACAGAUGAAUGUGUGUAGCAAUAUCAGUGUUCCUGGCGCUGCGCCUGAGGUAAACAGUUGCACUCAACCUUCUGAACAGCCUUUUGUUUCCAACAGCUCUGCUGUAACCCCAAACCAUCCUGUGUCAUUGAACACUCAAACUCUGCUGGCACAGAGCAACAUCACUGAAGUUGCCAGGUCAAAUAAAAACAAUUCUGAAACUGAUACUGAGAACCGGAACUUUAAAUGCUCGGUCUGUGAGAAGCGGUUUAAGAAGAAGUGGCAUCUGACUGCCCAUGAGCAGAGGCACAGCGGUGUGAAACCCCACCAUUGUUCCUUGUGUGGAAAGUCCUACACAGACGUUGGUACAUACAACAGACACAUGAAGACACACACUGGAGAGAAGGACUGUAUUUGUGUUGUAUGUGGGAAGGCCUUCUAUGACUCCGGAGCGCUCACCAACCACUUCAAGGUACAUACAGGGGAGAAACAGCAUGUGUGUUGGAUCUGUGGCAAAGCAUUUGCUCACUCGGGAGGUCUCCAGGUCCACGUUCGAAGCCACACCGGAGAACGACCGUAUGAAUGUAGUCAGUGUGGGAAAUGCUUCAGCAAGUCCAGCAAGCUCGUUGUCCACGCCCGGAGUCAUUCCGGGAUCAAGCCUUACCAGUGUGUGUACUGUGGCAAGGCUUUCAGUGUCUCCAGCAACCACAAGGCUCAUCUCAGGACACAUACUGGACGAAAGAACUUCAAGUGCAAUAUUUGUGGAAAGGUGUUUGGGUCUUCAGUUGACUUGGAGUCUCACUCAGCAAGCCAUGUGAAGCCUCCAGUGUUUAAGUGUAAGCAGUGUGGCAAGAUGUAUGUUGAGGAGGACAGGUUAAAGGAACAUCUCACUACCCACACAGGAAAGAAGCUGUUCAAGUGUGAUCUGUGUGGGAAGGAAUUCAAGCGAUCAUCCAACUUCAGACUUCACAGGAAAUACCAUGAGUCCAAAAAGCCGUACAGUUGUGAAAUUUGUGCUCGCGGAUUUUGCAAGUAUACGGAUAUGGUUCGGCAUAAGAAAGUUCACAAAUGCAAGCAGGUGUUCAAGUGUGAUGUGUGUAUGACGCAGUUCAGCCUGCUUAUUACAUUACAGAUGCACCAGAUGCGAGUUCACGGACCUCUGAAGACGUUCAGGUGCGAGAUUUGCAAGAAGAGUUUUAGUCGGCAGGAAGAGCUAAAGGUGCAUACACGUACCCACACAGGGGAACGUCCCUACAAGUGUCGAGUGUGUGGCCAAGGGUUCUGUGGCCCAGGAGGGCUCAGGAAGCAUCUGAAGAAACAUCCUGAACUGAAAGAACAAGAGGCAGAAGCAUCCAAGAAGGUGAAGAAGGUUUACCAGUGUGACACUUGCGGCCGCUCAUUCCAACAAUCCAGCCAUCUUAAGGCUCAUCUUCGGCGACAUACUGGAGAAAAACCUCACGAAUGUAGCACCUGUGGUAAAAGAUUCAGUGAUGUUGGGAUGCUAAACAGACAUGUGAAAAUACACACAGGAGAAAGAUCCCACGUGUGUGUUGCUUGUGGUAAAGGUUUCAUCGAUGCCGGAAGUCUUCAGAAGCACAUGACGACACACACUGGAGUCAAGCCCUAUAGCUGCACCGUCUGUCAGAAGAGCUUCAGUUUCCCCGGAGACCUUCAGGUCCACAAACGUUAUCACACUGGUGAAAAACCGUUCAAAUGUUCCCAGUGCAGUAAAGCCUUCACCAAGUCAAGUAAGCUGCGGGUUCAUAGCAGAAUACACAGUGGCGAGAAGCCUUACAAGUGUACGCAGUGCGGGAAGGAAUUCAGUGUGUCCAGUAACCUCCGCACCCACUUGAAAGUCCACAACAGUUCCACAGACACGACACACAAGUGUAAACCCUGUGGGCAGAGGUUCCCUAGUGAGGAUCUUCUCCAGCAGCACCAAGCUUCCACCCACUCUGGACUCCAACUGUUGAAGUGUGACCAGUGCAGUCAGGAGUUCCUAGAGCAGCAUCGGCUUCAAGAACACAUGUUCUCCCACACGGGGCAGAAGCCUUUUAAGUGUGAGACAUGUGGGAAGCAGUUCAAGAAGGCUCACAACUACAAGAGUCACCUCCAGUCCCACAGCAACAUCAGACCCUUUCCUUGUGACACAUGUGGUAGAGCCUUUUUGAAGAACGGGGAUCUGAAGAACCAUCUCAGAUCCCAUACCGCUGAAAAUGGUUUUAAGUGUGAGUUCUGUACAGAAGCGUUUCAGCAGGCCAAGGACCUCCAUGUCCAUUUUGUGAAGACCCAUGCACCUGACAAGCUCCAUACAUGUGAGGUUUGCGGGAAGGGGUUUGACAAAUUGUCCGAGUUCAAGGUCCACCGACGGACACACACAGGCGAGAGACCCUUUCAGUGUUCUGUGUGCCACAAGUCAUUCUGUAGCCGUGGAGGAUUAACAAAACAUGAGCUAAAAUGUCAUGAAUUUCAGAACAGGCUAGCAGUGUAUUCCUGUGGAAUCUGUGGACAAAAAUACAAGGACUCCGAUGCUUUGCAGGAACAUCUGCAUACACACUCGGAUGUUAACAAGGCGCUCAUGAACGGUGGCAGUUUGCCUCGCCAACACACUGGACCCCUAGGCGAUGCAGCUGGUUAUCAGGAUGUGAAUAUUCAUUCCCAGAAUGCACAGAGCCUAAUGCAGCAGAACAUCCCUUCCCAGUCUCAUUUACAACCAAGCUCUCAACGAACUCCAACAAAAGCCUCCAACAAUUUAGACAUCAGUAUUCAUUAUCAGAACCCUUCUCUGGCUCCAAAUCUUAAUCUCUCGGAUACGUUGAAAAUGACAAGCAUCCGUCCUUUUCAAGAUGUUUCAAAGAUGCAACAAACAAAUGUAUGUGAUGACCUGGGAAUGAGCAGAGUCAGUUCUAACAAUCUUCUGCAGCAAAUAGGGGUGUCAUGUGGAGGAUCUGAUACCGCCUACACCCAACAGAACACAGGGUCAGAUACAGCCUACUCCCAACAGAACACAGGAUCUGAUACCGCCUACACCCAACAGAACACAGGGUCAGAUACAGCCUACUCCCAACAGAACACAGGAUCUGAUACAGCCUACACCCAACAGAACACAGGGUCAGAUACAGCCUACUCCCAACAGAACACAGGGUCAGAUACAGCCUACACCCAACAGAACACAGGGUCAGAUACAGCCUACACCCAACUGAACACAGGAUCUGAUACAGCCUACACCCAACAGAACAUAGGGUCAGAUACAGCCUACACCCAACAGAACACAGGGUCAGAUACAGCCUACACCAAACAGAACACAGGGUCUGAUGCAGCCUACACCCAACAGAACACAGGACCAGAUACGACCUACACCCAACAGAACACAGGGUCUGAUACAGCCUACACCCAACAGAACACAGAGAGUGAUACAGCCUACACCAAACAGAACACAGACAAUGAUACAGCCUACACCCAACAGAACACAGGGUCCGAUACAGCCUACACCCAACAGAACACAGGGUCAGAUACAGCCUACUCCCAACAGAACACAGGGUCAGAUACAGCCUACACCCAACAGAACACAGGGUCAGAUACAGCCUACUCUCAACAGAACACAGGGUCAGAUACAGCCUACUCCCAACAGAACACAGGAUCUGAUACAGCCUACACCCAACUGAACACAGGAUCUGAUACAGCCUACACCCAACAGAACAUAGGGUCAGAUACAGCCUACACCCAACAGAACACAAGUUCAGAUACAGCCUACACCAAACAGAACACAGGGUCUGAUGCAGCCUACACCCAACAGAACACAGGACCAGAUACGACCUACACCCAACAGAACACAGGGUCUGAUACAGCCUACACCAAACAGAACACAGAGAGUGAUACAGCCUACACCAAACAGAACACAGACAAUGAUACAGCCUACACCCAACAGAACACAGGGUCCGAUACAGCCUACACCCAACAGAACACAGGACCAGAUACAGCCUACACCAAACAGAACACAGACAAUGAUACAGCCUACACCCAACAGAACACAGGGUCUGAUACAGCCUACACCCAACAGAACACAGGGUCCGAUACAGCCUACACCCAACAGAACACAGGACCAGAUACUGCCUACUCCCAACAGAACACAGGAUCUGAUACAGCCUACACCCAACAGAACAUAGGACCAGAUACAGCCUACACCCAACAGAACACAGGGUCAGAAGCAGCCUACUCUCAACAGAUCACAGGGUCAGAUACAGCCUACUCCCAACAGAACACAGGGUCAGAUACAGCCUACUCCCAACAGAACACAGGGUCUGAUACAGCCUACACCCAACAGAACACAGGAUCAGAUACAGCCUACACCCAACACAACACAGGGUCAGAUACCGCCUAUACCCAACAGAACACAGGAUCUGAUACAGCCUACUCCCAACAGAACACAGGAUCAGAUACAGCCUACUCCCAACGGAACACAGGACCAGAUACUGCCUACUCCCAACAGAACACAGGAUCUGAUACAGCCUACUCUCAACAGAACACAGGGUCAGAUACAGCCUACUCUCAACAGAACACGGGGUCAGAUACAGCCUACACCCAAAAGAACACAGGGUCAGAUACAGCCUACUCUGAACAGAACACAGGGUCAGAUACAGCCUACUCCCAACAGAACACAGGGUCAGAUACAGCCUACUCCCUACAGAACACAGGGUCUGAUACAGCCUACACCCAACAGAACACAGGAUCAGAUACAGCCUACACCCAACACAACACAGGGUCAGAUACCGCCUAUACCCAACAGAACACAGGAUCUGAUACAGCCUACACCCAACAGAACACAGGGUCUGAUACAGCUUACACCCAACAGAACACAGGGUCAGAUACAGCCUACUCUCAACAGAACACAGGGUCAGAUACAGCCUACACCCAACAGAACACAGGAUCUGAUACAGCCUACUCUCAACAGAACACAGGGUCAGAUACAGCCUACUCUCAACAGAACACAGGGUCAGAUACAGCCUACACCCAAAAGAACACAGGGUCAGAUACAGCCUACUCUCAACAGAACACAGGGUCAGAUACAGCCUACACCCAAGAGAACACAGGGUCAGAUACAGCCUACUCCCAACAGAACACAGGGUCAGAUACAGCCUACUCCUAACAGAACACAGGGUCAGAUACAGCCUACACCCAACUGAACACAGGGUCAGAUACAGCCUACACCCAACUGAACACAGGAUCUGAUACAGCCUACACCCAACAGAACACAGGGUCAGAUACA